AACUCGCUUUCCUCCCAGGUACCCGGAAUGCAGCACGACUGUGUUCGCUUCAUGAUUGGCUACGCAACUAUAAGCCCCGCCCUCUUGACGGGAAGUUGUCCUCCAAGUGCAGUCCACCGUCGGCAAAGUUGAACACUUCUCAAGCGAAAAUGAUCAACUGGAAGGUUUUGGACAACAUACCCAUACUGUUGUACAUCUUGGCGCUGAAAACCCUCAUCCUGUGCUUGGGCUUCGCCGGGGUGAAGAUCUACCAAAGUAAAAAGGCCGAUGCGGCCUUAAAGCUGCAGCAGGCGGAGAGGAAGAAGCUUGCCCAGCGGACACAAGAGCUCGUCGAGAACUUGAAGGAAGACUGAGACAAGCGAGGGAAACAUUUGGGGAAAGAAUGAAACACAAGCACUACUUUUCUCUGUUGUGAGACUGCACCAUAAAAUCCUCUUCACCAUGUCAGUUUGAUACAUUUGACAUAUUGCGUCCUGCUUGAAGUCACAUUAUGUAUUUAUUGAAUUUUGAAAACAUUUUUGUAGUUUAAUUAAAUGUUGGUAUUGCACUGCUA